AUGACUAGAAUUGAUAUUGCUUAUGCAGUUCAAGUUCUUAGUGAAAUUAUGCAUAAGCUGAAACAAUCACAUACGGAUGCUGCUCUGAGAGUUGUCAGGUAUAUUAAGGGAGCUCUUGGUCUUUUUUUGCCUUCUACUAUCUUUGAAAUACUAAAAUUUUAUUGUGACUCUGACUGGGGAGGAUGUCGUCAUACUAGAAGAUCAGUCACUAGAUAUUUGGUUAUGUAUGGUGAAGCUCUAAUUUCAUGGAAGUCCAAGAAGCAAGCCACAGUUGCUAGAAGCUCGGCUGAAGCUGAGUUUAGGAGUAUGCCUUCAACUGUAGCUGAAAUCACUUAG